CGCACCUUGGUCCAAUAGCUUUUGGAUAAGUGCCUGGGUUGAAAUUGAAUGCAGGUUCCGGAAUAUAUCUCCUAGUGGUAGCCCACUUUGGAGCGAUUUGGAGAUGCCCAGGACGGUUCAAUCGGCAUACCACUUGCCCCUCAAACCCCUUGUAUUUGCGGGGAAGCUCAUGGGAUCUAUCCCCGCAUUUCCUAGCAUACGGCGGGCCCUUAAGAAGUCAGUUUCGCAUCCAUUGUAGUAGAAGAAAACAAACAUCGACUCCAGGGCUCAAAUAAACAUAAAGCAAUCAGCGCAACGAACAAAACGAGUUCUCUAUUCCGAUAUGGCCUCCCUUGCAAAAAUGAGAUGGGGUACAAUCCCGCUCCAGACCACUUAUAGAAUGGCACCGCAAAGUGCAGUAUCGCGAUUUCCAGGAUGUCUUGGGAGGUCAACAACGCCAUUUGGCGAUAAAGGCUUAGGUAGUAAACGGGAGGCUUCGACAUCGACAAAGCAGCCUGUAAACCUCAGUGCAUCCAUCGCUUCAAAACUGUCCCUUGACGGAAAGGUCACGGUCAUCACAGGAGGGACCAGGGGAGUUGGGUUGGCGCUUGCUGAAACAACGGCUGGCCUCGGUAGCGAAGUGGCCCUUCUUGAUAUUAUGGAGCCUCAGGUGGACAUAAACAAGCUGCAGAGCCAGUUUGGGACGAGAAUAAAAUACUUUAAAGCCGAUGUGACGCAAAAGGGAAGUCUAGAAAACGCGUUUUCAGCGGCAGCGAAAGAAUUUGGCCACAUCGAUAAUUGCGUGACCGCUGCGGGGCUUGCAUUGGACAAACCCUUCUUAGAAUACGGGUGGGAGGAAUCCAGGCGCAUUCUUGAUAUCAAUGUUAUUGGUUCCUUCUUUUCUGCUCAACUGGCAGCACGCCAAAUGAUGCAACAAGGCACUGGUGGCUCGAUCGUAAUGAUCUCAUCCAUGGCAGGCCACUGCGCCAUACCGUCGCAGAGGGUUUCCAUGUAUGGUGCAUCGAAAGCAGCAAUCAAGUUGCUAGGAAAGUCCCUAGGGGUAGAAAUGGCACCACACAACAUCAGGGUCAAUACCCUCUCUCCAGGGUACAUUGCGACUGAAAUGACAGAAGGCCUCACAGAACUUGAGCAAAUUGUCAACCGGAUCCCGCCGAUGGGACGAAUUGGCCAGCGGGACGAUCUCACCAUGGCAGUCGCAUACCUGUUGAGCGAAGGGGCUUCAUACACCACAGGGGCAGACAUACCUGUCACCGGAGGAUUGCACAACGGUAGAAUAGAACUUUGAUCUCGUGAAGGGAGUAGUACACUUAUGGUAAACGCUCAACUUUCUUUCUCCUGUUGGCGGCUGAGUGAGGUGUGGAUCGAUGGCCCAUCAAAUUGUGCACCGCCUAUACCACGUGAUUUUGUUUUAUGUAACCGGAGUACAGUAGUUAGGUAGAAUACAAUCCAACUCAGCUCUCUUCUCAA